CUAGCUCAAACGCGUGGGGCCUUCUGGGGGAAAGUAGCCAGCUUUUUAGCUCCUGUGAAUGAAAUGGUGUGACCUGCCUCCUGCUCCAGCAGCUUUGGCUUGGGGAACGAGGGCACUCGUUGCUCCUCGCCCUCUCCCAGAAGUAACAGCGAUGGGUGGCACUCCAGGCUUUCUCCUGCCGGCAAACACCUCCAUAUUUAUUUAAAAAAAUAAAAAUGAAAGCCCUCCUGGCACGGGGGGAGGUGCCUGCGGCACCCCACUGAGAAGACAGCAGGGCGGCGGGAGGCUGCGGGGCCGGGCCGGGCCGUGGAGCGAGGGGGCCGGGCCUGCCUCGCUUCGCCGCCGCAACCCGCCGGGUUGUGAAUCAGCACGAAAAUGAACAAAUGUAAGAAGCCUAAUGUUGACCAGACUGAAAACCUUGAUAAGUUCGGUCCUGAAAUUCUUUCCAAAAUUGAGAAGCUCUUUGCAAAGAAGUUUACUUACACUAAGCCAGUGAAUAAUGAAUGGCAGCUACCAGAUCCUGGUGAUGCGUUUACAUGUGAUCACAAGGAAUUUGACUCACUCCUGGCUCUGAAGGACUCGAUGAAUGAGGUGAAGAAUCAACUGAGUGAUAAGAACCUGGAUGAAUGGCAUCAGCACACCUCAUUUACCAAUAAAGCGGGGAAAAUAAUUCCUCAUGUGAAGAAAUCUGUGAAUGCUGAGCUGUGUACUCAGGCCUGGUGCAAGUUUCAUGAGAUUCUGUGCAGUUUUCCUCUUCUCCCUGAAGAAGCUCUUCAGGACAGAGAACUGAAUUCUGUCCACCUCUGUGAAGCACCUGGAGCUUUUAUAGCCAGCCUCAAUCACUACUUGAAAUCCCACCAUGUCCCUUGCAACUGGAAUUGGGUAGCUAAUACUCUAAACCCAUAUCAUGAAGCAAAUGACACCCUUAUGAUGAUCAUGGAUGACCGUCUUAUAGCAAAUACAUUGCCUCGGUGGUACUUUGGCCCAGAUAACACUGGUGAUGUGAUGACACUGAAACACUUAACAGGACUUCAGAACUUCGUAAGUAAUAUGGGCACAGUUCACUUGGUAACUGCUGAUGGUAGCUUUGAUUGCCAGGGAAAUCCAGGCGAACAGGAGGCUCUCGUCUCACCCCUUCAUUACUGUGAAACAGUCACCGCUUUAAUGAUCCUGGGCACUGGGGGAUCCUUUGUUUUGAAGAUGUUCACGCUGUUUGAACACUGUUCAACCAAUCUGCUCUUUCUGCUAAACUGUUCAUUUGAGGAGGUCCAUGUCUUUAAGCCAGCCACUAGCAAAGCUGGGAACUCAGAGGCCUAUGUGGUUUGUCUUCGUUACAUGGGCAGAGAAAGCAUUCAUCUGCUGCUUUCCAAGAUGAUACGGAACUUUGGAACAGAAAUGGUCAACAAAGCACUUUUCCCCCAGCAUACGCUACCAGAAUCUUUUCUUAAAAUACACGAAGCGUGUUGCAUGUUCUUCUACAAGUACCAGGUAGAGACUAUCUCUGAGAACAUCCACCUUUUUGAGCACAUGGAAGAAGCAGAGCAGAUGAAACUGUACGAGUUAAGAAACUGUGCAGUGGAAUUCUUCAUGCAAAGACUUUGUAUGAAACCCAUUGCUAGAAAUAACUGGCUUGUCAAGAAAUCUCAGACUGGUUGCAGCAUGAAUGCAAAAUGGUUUGGGCAAAGAAAGAAAUAUUUUAGUACGUACAAUGAAAGGAAGAUGCUGGAAAGCCUUACGUGGAAUGAUAAAGUGGCAAAGGGCUAUUUUAAUCACUGGGCUGAAGAACAUAGUUUAAAUAAUGCUGGUAAAAUGUGCAUCUUGGAAGGAUUGUCUUCUAACCUUGAGUGUAGCUUGUGGUACAUUUUGGAAGGAAAAAGGCUACCAGUGGUAAAAUGUUCUCCAUUUUGUGAUGGUCAAGUCUUGGAAAAUCUUAAUGAAGCUAUGAAAGAAUUGCUGGGGGGGAGGCUGAAAAGCAGGCAAAUGCUGCAGCCUUGUCACUCGUGUGAAGUUCUUCCUGGGCGACUGAUAUUGGCAGAAGUGUCCGACCUUUCCAGAUGUCAUCAGGAAGUCCUAAAUGAAAAAUGUAGUGACCAGUUCAGGUGCCUUGUGGUGGGCUUCCCAUCCCUCUGUGAUACUGAAAAGCAACCCAGUAUGGAAAUAAAGUUCCUGGACUCAGCCACGCUGCUGUCCUUUAGCUUCUCUUUGCUUUAUGAUGGAGAACCAAAGUACCAGCAGCAGCUUUUGGAGUGCAUUCUGCAUUCGUUGAAUCAGCUUACAAUGGGAGAUGCGUUGAUUUUGCCUAUUCUCUCUUGCUUUACACGCUUCACAGCUGGCCUGGUCUUCAUACUGCAUUGCUGUUUCAGAUGCAUCACAUUUGCUUCUCCAACCUCCCACGAGCCUCUAAGAACUAGUGUUGCUUUGCUCUGUGUUGGUUACCGAGGCCUUCCAAAUCCAGUUGUUGAAUAUCUGCGGCAUCUGAAUAAACUAAUGAACUCUUUACUAGACACGGACUCUCCACAGCAAGUUUUGCAGUUUGUGCCUAUGGAAGUUCUCCUCCAGGGCAAACUGUUGGAGUUCUUAUGGGAUUUGAACACAGCCAUUGCAAAGAGACAAUUCCACUUGAUUGUGCAAGCUAAGCAGCAGCAAAUCACUAGCAAUAUUUCACUUUAGAAUAAUUCUAGGACUGAGCAAGUUUCUGCUGCUAGACCUUGUUUCACAGGCAGGUAGAAGGUGUUAAAAACAUUGUUAAUGUGAAAGUUAUGAUACUGUAAAACCUUGACAUGACACUGUUAGUGUUGGGAGGAUGUUUUGAGCUAUCAGUCCUGCGUGCAUCAUAUUGGCCUGCCUUACAGAAACCUAAGGCUUAAUCUCGGGCAUUGGGGACUUGGGAAGGAUAGUGAUUGAAGUGGAAAAACUGUUUCGCCUCUGCUAGAGCUCUCCCUGAGCAAAUUUCUUUCUGUGCCACCUAGCUCAGAACUGUGGUCUUCAUGAUGAGAGAGGUAGUAUGGUGAUCUAUACCUGUUGCAUCAGGCUGGAUGGUGGGGGACCAUGUUGUGUCACAUUAGCCCUCUUCUGUGGAACAGAAUGUGGGAGUUUUGACACACCUGUGUAUUUUUCCAGGGUUUGUAGAAGCUGAUACAUGAGGAUUGGUCCAGAACGCUCAGCGGUGUGCAAGCCUGAUGAAGGACUUGAGGGAUGAGUGUCUUGUGAACAGGCAGCUGUCUCCCAAAGGCUGGGUUAGAAAUGACUGCCUGUAAGCAGCAGCAGAGGUGUCCAGGGAAAGAUGAUCAUUGGUUUUAAUUUUGUUUAUGUGAAGAGCAGCAGGCUGUGUAGGGAUUUGGCAGGUUACUGUGUGGCUUUGUCUCCCCAUCAAUGAAUGGGCUGUUAUAACCUUAUUUCUAAGUGGCUUGCGGGUCCUUCUUAAAAUGAUUUGAGGCUCCUGAGUGAAAAUAAAGACUUGCAUCUGCUGGCAGCAGCUGUUAAUGAGGAACUGCAAAUGUUUUUCAGGCUGAAAACAUGAUUAUGCACAGACUUGUGUAACAAGAAAUGUUUUGGGAGGAGCAGUAAGCUGAAGAAAUAUGUGAUAACUUUCUUUGGGAAAGUAUGAUCAAGAUUUCAGUUGGUUCCCCUUAAGGAUAAAAAUUAUGAAGUUGGUAACUGACUGUUCUUUAAGAGAGUAAAAAUUUAUUUUCCAUAUUGUUCCUUUGAGAGCUAAAUUUUGAGGCCUAACCUGAAUGUGUGUUAACAUUUAGUUUUAAGUUUGUAGUUUACAUGGAAAAACCUGCUCAGGGGGAGAGAUGAUGUUUAAAGGAAAAAUGGCGUUGCUGUUGAUCUGUGCAAGGUCUUUAAGGAAAAAGAUUGAAAGAGGGGAGUUAGAAGGAAAAUGCAGUCUCCUGAUGAAUUACCAGUCACCUUCUGGAAGUACUUUGAGUUAUAUAAUGUGGGAGUUUGAAGGAUAAUUGAUUACUGAUAUGGGAUUAAAAGCACUGCUGAAAAACUGGUUUGUCUGGAGGUGCUGCACAUUUAAUAGGCUUUCUUGCCACGUUAAUCAGGGCAGAGUUUAAUGCAUUUAACAGUACAUUUUUUUAUUUAAGAAUUUGAUAGGUGAAUGAGUUGGUGGCUCAGGUCUGACUCAUUCAUAACAUUUUCUAAAAAGUCCUGCUUUCUACAGUUGCAUGUAAAUAGAAGCUGCUGAAACAAGUUUCUGGGAUUGGUCAUUGUCCGCUUUAAUUUAUUUAAAUGAGCUUGAUCUUUUUGCUGUAAGCUGAGUCAUGCUUCCUCUCUCAGACCAGGAAGGAAGGGAAGAGAGACUACAAAUUGGGAGACAAAUGCAGUAAUAACUUCUCCAGUAAAUAAUUUUUUGAACCUGUAAACUCAAGAGUGUGAGGAGGGCCACAGAUGAAUUUCAGUGGGGAAUAAAAAAGAAACACUGAAAAACAGAAUAAAGAAUUGGGGAAGAAAUAGUGUAGAAUAACAGAUGAUGAGACAGUAUCAAAGAUCACCUAUAAAAGUUGUCUUUAUCCGAAACAAAAAGCAAUAUAAUGGUACUGUCCACCAAAGACACCCCUAUGGCUCUGCCACUGUUUCUGAGGUGGUUAAUGCUUCUGAAACUCCCACUGAGCCAAAGCAUUUGAAAAGACAUCUUUUAAAGCAGGGCUGAAUAAGAUAUUUCAAAUGCAAGGGUUUGCUUACACUGUGAUAUUCUGCCAUGGAGGCAUGAGUAGCCAGAAACAUCUCAUCUAAUAGGUACUUCAACUUGGGUUUUUUCUUACUAACGUUAGUCUAAUAUUUUUAAAUUAGUAUUUCAUAGGUAAAGUAAAAUCCUGAGGUGAAUGACAGACCAUGAGAGAAAAAUGCAUUUAUGUUCUCAAGCUUUCCUUGGUCUGUUCUGAUGAACUAUGCAGACUUACUUGAGAUUCCUCCUAUCCCAUCAUUCCUCAUAUUAUCAGUCUCCUUUUAUUCAUUUAUUUUUAGGAAAAAGAUGUUUUAGAUGGUCACAAAGCUUUGGGGGAGUUAGGACUGCAUGCUUCAAGAUACACUAGACUGAGCUGGUGGGGAAACAUGAUCCAUCUGUUUGGAAGUACCCUGCAAAAAAAAGUGUGCAAGCUGUGCUGUGGAGAGCCAGAUCUCUAAACCAAAGGAAAUCCAAUGUCCUGUGGAUCCUGAUGCCCAGUUUGCUCUGGAGAUUUUUUGUUUGUUGGCAGACAUGAGGAAGUGACUGGGGAAAUGCUUUGACAGCAGCUAUUUCUGUUAAAAAGAAAGGAUGUGGUUUGGAGAGUCUUUUUCUAUUAUUGUUAUUUUAAUGGUAGGAGUUUCGAAGUUAGGAAUGACACACAUCCUUUUAAUUGUGAGACUCCUAUAUUGUCCCAGCUGUCUUUAGACCAAAGGUGUCUUUGAGAGAAGUGACACUUAACUUCUGUUGUGACUUUUGGAAUAUGUAAGAAUGCACGAGAAGAAUGUAUUAACCUUUGUGGAGAGGUUCUGAUGACUGCUGCCUUCCUCGAGGCUGUCAGUUUUUGGCCAAUUUGAUUUUGAGUGACACCUGAAGUAGUGUCCAGUAGUAUCCAGGCUGCUUUUAAGUUUUGUUUGUUGUUGUUUGUUUGGUUUUUUGUUUGUGGGGUUUUUUUCCUACAAAUAGGAAGAUGAACUAGGUAUUGGUUUUCAUAAUUAGGAGUUUAAGGUUUCACGCAGGGGAAAACACAAGGGGGUGGAGAGAAUAAAUUGGUUAUGAUGUGAUUGAGAUUAAUGCAAACUUGAGGUAAAUUUAGUUUUGCAGCCCUGCUGUUGCUGGUUUCCAGUGAAGGACCACUAUCUAGGCCCAACGAUUAGCUAUGAGCUGCAUUAAUUUUUUGAAACUUUUUGGAUCUUUUGCAUGAGCAUUGAAUGAAUUGGCUACUCCAAUAAGUGAAAAUGCUGAUUUUUUUUUUUCUUUUAAGUUGAGUUCCAUUAAAGUUAAGAGGCUUGCUGCUUAUUUUUACUAAUUUUGUAUUGUAUUUAGAUUCAUUUGAUGUGCACAGAUUGUAUGUGUUCUUGCCACUGGCUUUCCAAUUUAAUUUCUACAAAACAUAAUGAGAUUUUUAGUAUGAAGUUGGGUAGUCUAUUAAAAGAGUACUAAUUGGUGUCUAUUAGUCUUCAUUUAUGCUGGAUCUGUCAAAUUACUGGUUGUAAAAGUAGAAUAUGUAGCAGAAUUGUAUUCUGUUAGAAAAACAACAUGGGACUUAAUGGGAAGGGAUUAAUAUUGCUUAUGUGGAAACUAGUGGAAACUAGGGGAAAAGAAAAACAGGCCUUGGUUUCCGGGCACCGAGCUUCAGGAUGCAGAAUAACAUCAAGUCCUUGAUCCACUGGAAGCAGGGGUUGACCAGUAAGCUGAUGCCUCAGAGCCUUGUAGCCUCUUGUUACGAUCCCUAUAAACUGUCUGUUGACAUCUCUUAAAUCUAUGGUUGGUUUUCAGUGUGUUAGUUCUUAAUGGUGAAGUGGGGGAAAUCCUGUGUAACUUUUCUUGCCAUUUUGGGUGGUAUGAAAUUUUUUUUUAAAUAGUACUUGCCCCCAUUUCCCACUUUUAAACAAGAGCCUCUAAAUUUCACCUUGUAGCCUUGUCUCUCAUUUUUUUUUUUAGCACUUUAGUGAGUGAAGACUAAGAUUAAAAUUGCCUUGCCAAAGUCUGGUAAUCGUUUUUCCAUCUCAUUUGUGCAACUAUUUUAAUGAGUGCCAUGAUGAUAUCCUUAGUUCCAGUUCUUUGUGCACUUCAGUCACUUGACAGAUCAAAUGGAGCUGUUUAUGCCAGAAAAGUGCUCAGCCUGUGGCUGUUCAUUGCUUGCUCUUUAGGCAAUGAUUUGGACUGCCAUCGAGCCCUCUUGUGAAUCCUUAUGGGUCCAAAGCUGAUUUCAAGUCUUAAGAAUGAAAUUUGUUUAAAAAUUAGCCGCUGGCUGUAGACACUUAUGCUUAUAACAAGCAGAACCUUUAGGAAACCUUUAAAUGCAGGAAACUUUUCCACCAGCCAGGACAGGCUAAUAUAACGUGGCUGAUGGGAUUUGCUAGCCUUUUGUUGCUAAAAACCCUUAAAAAAAGGCUUUGUGGCAUAACCACCUGAACAAACAGCUCACCAGUUGCGUGCUGCCUUUCUUGUACACAUGGGUACGCUGAUAUUUGCAUGCGUACAGCAUGCAGGAUUGCACAGCCAUGAAGCUUUUGCUCUGUAACUAAUCCACGUGUGCUUUUGUUUUGAAGAAUGUAUGUAUUUUUCUAAGUAGAUGAAGGGAUGUUGCUUUACAUGGCUACUGCAUAUUUUCACUUGGUCUGCAAAUAAGUGUUAAGACCUUUGUUUUUAAAGGAAAGGAAAAGAAAUGUGAUUUGGAGAAAAUAAAGUAUUUUAUUUUAGGUUUUAAA